CCCUAACAUACACUUACUUAUUUGCACGGGAAUCUAUGUAGACGUAAGUUCUUUCUAUAAGUGCGCAGUAUCUCGCUAAUCACUGAGACGAUAAGAGCGCAUUAUAAAAUAGCAUCAUGACCGCAUCGCACCGUUCGUGGUCUAGCGAUCAGGUUCGGAUUGAGACAAAUAAAACGCUUGAAACAACAGGGGGUCAUACAUGGGAGGCAGCAAUCAAGCUGUUUGAUUUUAUUGGCAGCCAGCAAGAAAUAUGCGACCUCGACCGAGGCAACGAACGACUGUUGGAACUUGGUUCCGGUACCGGUUGGCUAGGGAUCGCACUAACACUGAACUUGCCUAAUAUAGAAUCCAUUACACUCACUGAGCAAGCAUGCGGAGGCGCCCUGGCUUACCUACAGGAUAAUGUCAGCAAGCACGCGCAUUUACUCCCACGCACCGAUGCUAUCGUGACUGCCACACUUGACUGGACAAAGCCUUUGGAUAGUGAGCUGGUGCAGGCCUGUGGUGAGGGGUCGUUAGUGUUCGGAUCAGAUCUACUGUACAAUUCUGAUGGCGUCGAGAUGCUGCCAAAGGUUUUGGCGGCUUUCUGUGCAGCAGGGGCAACUGUACUAUAUGCGCACACUUUGAACCGGUACGAAUUCUUUGACGCUGACUUCUUUUUUGCGCUGCGAAGAGAAAAUUUGCUGGUAAGAGAGCUAUGGUGUGAUACAGAACCCCCACCAGAGUACACACACAGCGACGAGAGAUUCUGCAACGCCUUUCCUAAUUCGCGAGUGGCAAUACUUGAUAUACGUAUGGGUACGCGUUCGAAUUCAAAAAUUGAUUUGACCACGAACUCGCGGGUAACGAUAUUAAAUCCUGUCGAGAUGCCUAGCGGUACCGAGAACAGCGCACAGCCUGAUGCCUUACGCGAGCAAGUCAUAUUGUAUAUGGCGGACAAGGUUGAUCAGUCGGCGUGCGCAAAUUUACACACAGCGUCCUGGAAAUCUACGUACAGGGACAUUUUGCCGCAUGACUUUCUCUAUAACGGUGGCGUUGAAGUGAUGAUGAAUGACAUGUGGGCCGAUAAGUAUCGAUCUCCUACCCAGCUCACAAUUGCUGCAAGGGAUACUUUUGGUCAGAUGCUGGGAUUUGUACAUAUGGAUGUAGACGAAAGUAUGAUUGAUGUCAAGAAAGGGUUCUAUCUGGAUAACAUGCACGUGGUGGGUACAGGAAAGGGACUGGGCUUUCUUUUAUUUAAAACAUUGGUACAGAGGUUGUGUCUCAUGCACCGAAUCUCAUUGGGGUGUAUCACGAACAAUGGGAAGUAUUGCCAUAAUGACGCAAACAGUUCUGUUAAGGUUUUUGAACAGAAGCAUUGUACUGCGAUAGAGACUGCAAAUGAUCAGGUUAGUUCACAGCAAAAACAAACAACAAAAACGCACGACAUGAAUGGACGAGUUUCGUGCGGAUGCACAGACCGGCCGGUCAAACUUUGGCUCAAAGUGUUCGAGAGCAAUACUGCGGCGGUGCGUGCAUACGAACGAUGGGGUGGUGUAAUCAGUGACGAGCGUUUGAAAUUUAGUGACCAGAAGCUAGGUAAGAUGUGUCUUGAAUCCAAGAGAGAUAACUCCCCAGAAAAUUCAACGGGAAGUGACCUGACUGUUCUGGUAAUGACGUGGUCGGACGCACGAUCUGUUUUCUUGUAAACGGUAAGUUGAUUGAAUUGUUCAUUAAUCAGCUCUACUCUCGAGAGUUUACACAAGCUGGUUGAAUAUUGAAUGGUCCAUCUAUCCGCUAAUUUUAACGAGCUCCGUAUUUUUAAAAAUAGCAUCCUCACUCCCUGAAACCUGAUAAGUUCAUCAGAUGCUACCACACAAGUGCGUCAGAGGACUCAGAGCUGGCACCGUGGCAAAGCUGGUGGAUCUACUCCCUACUAAAUACUGCAAUCCGUGUGGCUUAUACAAACCACAGAUUGCAGAAGAAUGUGCAUAUUUGGUUUUAAAAAAUAUAUAAAAAAUCGUCCAUUG